AAGAUAGUAGUGAGCAUGCUCAGAACAUUCUCCCCGCAGGAGGAGGGCAAAGAUGAGCCUGGAUUAAAAGCCAAAGAUCACUCCCUCCUCCCUUCUGUCGCUCCUUCAGACGCCGUGGACAUGAGGCCCGCCGGCCGGCUCAGAGUCGUCCUGCUGGCCGCCAUGGUGGCCUCGAUCCUGCUGUACCUGGCCUCCACGCGGGGGAACUCGCAAAGCCCCUCGGAGUCUGUCCAGGGCUGGGGGAUCUUUAAGAGGAUGGAAAACAUGGAGGCCAACAUUGAGAGGCUACUCGACGCGGUAGACAAGCUGCAGCCGAAGCCGGCGGCGGCGGUGCGGGUGAAAGCCGAGGAUGAGCCGGCGGUGAGGAAGGUGUUCCCCAACUCGGCCCUCUUCAAGAAGUGGGGCGAGGGGCUGAGCGAGGACGAGCAGAAGGAGGCCGAGGGCUUGUUCGCCAAGUACGGCUACAACGCCUUCCUCAGCGACAGGCUGCCGCUCAACAGGGAGAUCCCCGACACGCGGCACGCCAGAUGCGUGGGGAAAAAGUACCCCGCCGAUCUCCCGAGCCUGAGCGUGGUGCUGAUCUACCUGGACGAAGCUCUGUCCAUCAUCAAGCGGGCGGUCCGCAGCAUCGUGGACAAGACCCCCGCCGCUCUGCUAAGAGAGAUCAUACUGGUGGACGACCACAGCGCAAACGACGACCUGAAGGAGAAGCUGGACGACUACAUCGCCGUCAUCCACGAGGAGCGUCCGGGCCUGCUCAAGCGGGUCGUCCACCGCGAGCGGCUGGGCCUCACCCGGGCCAGGCUGUCCGGAUGGAAGAUGGCCACCGGCGACGCGGUGGCCAUCCUGGACGCCCACAUCGAAGUCCACGUACAAUGGGCGGAGCCGCUGCUGGCUCGCCUCAAGGAGGACCGCACGAUCAUCCUGACGCCCGUCUUCGAUCGGGUCAAUUACGACGACUUGACGGUGACCCGCUACGGACCGGCGGCCGACGCCUUCGACUGGGCGCUGUGGUGCAUGUACGAGUCCUUCAGGCCCGAGUGGUACCGGCUCAAGGACGAGUCGCUGCCUGCCAAGAGCCCGUCCAUUAUGGGGAUUUUGGUGGCGGAUCGCAAGUUCUUCGGCGAGAUCGGCAGCCUGGACGCGGGGAUGAAGAUCUACGGCGGCGAGAACGUGGAGCUCGGCAUCCGGGCGUGGCUGUGCGGCGGCAGCGUGGAGGUCAUCCCCUGCUCCAAGAUCGCCCACAUCGAGCGGGCCAGGAAGCCCUACCUGCCCGACCUCAGCGUCACCAUGAGACGGAACGCGCUGCGCGUGGCCGAGGUGUGGAUGGACGAGUACAAGCACAACGUCAACAUCGCCUGGAACCUCCCCCUGCAGAAUCACAGCGAGGACAUCGGCGACGUGUCCGAACGGAAGGCGCUGAGGGAGCGGCUCGAGUGGUACCUGGAUAACGUUUACCCCAUGCUGGACCCUCUCAUAGACCUGGUCGCCUACGGAGCGUUGAUAAACCAGCUGAAGCCAGAUCUAUGCAUCGACCAGGGUCCGGUUCCGGGCAGCACGCCCAUCCUCUACUCGUGCCACCACUUUGACCCUCAGCGCUGCUACUACCGCACCAACGGGCAGCUUUACGUGGGCGGCAUCAAGUCCCACACGUACAACAGCAACCGCUGCCUGGUGGAUCCCGGCAGCGGCGUAUACCCGGCGCUCUACGAGUGCAAGUUGGCCGAGCAGAAGAAGUUCCACAUGUUGUGGGACUUUAAGCAGGGGACGUCCAUUCAGAACCGGGAGACGAAGCGGUGUCUGGAGAUCGCCCAGGGUCAAGACAGCUACUACCAGCUCAUCGUGCAGCGCUGCACCGGUCAGAUCUGGAACAUACAGAAUUAUAUCCCAAACAGAGAAGCUCAAGGCUAACGAACGACAAGUCGUUGGAGAGAUUUUGUUACAUGGAUCACUGACAAGUAGACAGACGGGCAAAACCCGAGUUGGGUCUCAAUCGAAC